AUGGUGUCCUCCAUUAUUAUUUCUACAGCAGUGGUGGUAGUUACCAUCACCAGUACCAUGAUGAUAAUGUUAUUCCCCCUUGCCAAUGCGAUAUCAUCACCAUCUUCAUCAACUGAUGAGGCAGAGGCUCUGCGCAGCACCGGUUGGUGGAAUUCUACCUCUGCUCAUUGCCACUGGGAUGGUGUAUCUUGCAAUAAUGCCGGAAGAGUGACUCGAAUCGCCCUUUACGGUUCAGGAAAAGAAUUGGGUGAGCUUAGCAAAUUCGAGUUUUCUUCAUUUCCCAGCCUGGUUGAGCUCUCCCUUUCUGACUGUGGACUCAAUGGUAGCAUCCCACACCAAAUAGGUACUCUUACUCAACUCACCCUACUAUAUCUCUCUUCAAACAAUCUUACAGGUGAGCUACCUCUUUCCUUGGCUAACCUCACUCAGUUGGAGGUCCUUUCCUUUUAUUCUAAUCGACUACGUGGUUCAAUUCUUCCUGAAAUUGGGAAAAUGAAGAAUUUGACUGUUUUGGAUUUGGGUAAUAACAAUCUUACUGGUGUCAUCCCUUCAUCUUUUGGUAAUCUUACCACUCUGACUCAUUUUUAUCUUGAUGGUAAUCAAAUAAGUGGUUUUAUCCCUCCUCAAAUUGAGAAAAUGAAGAAUCUGAAGUCGUUCUAUCUUUCUUAUAACCGACUACAUGGUUCAAUUCCUCCUGAAAUUGGGAAAUUGAAGAAUUUGAAUAUUUUGAAUUUGGUAAUCAAAUAA